GUGCAUGGUCAUUGUGAACAUAGUAAUUAGUUCACGUGUGCUGUUAUUCUACGAUCGGUGAUUCAGACGGUGCUUUUGCAAACAUAUUUUCACGGCAAACAUGAGUGCUGGAGGAGGAACCCCGUACAUCGGCAGUAAAAUAAGUUUAAUAUCCAAGGCACAAAUUCGAUACGAGGGAAUAUUGUCCUCUGUCGACACAGACAGGUCCACGGUCGCUUUAGCCAAAGUUAAGUCCUUUGGCACAGAAGAUCGGCACACAGAUAGACCAGUGCCACCCAAAGAUGAAAUUUAUGAAUACAUAAUCUUCAGAGGUAGCGACAUCAAAGACAUCACUGUGUCCGAACCACCAAAACCACACCAUGGACUGCCUCGAGACCCAGCUAUUGUACAGUCCUCUAUUGGCAACCCUUCUGCUGCUUAUCACCCACGUUGGAGUCCAUACAGAGACAUGAUGCCCACUUACAACCAGCUGGCUGCUAGUUCUCUACUCAGCCAGCAGUACAAUGCAGCACUGGGUCUAGGACUUCAUGGCAUCCCACCCAGAAGAGCCCCCAUGGUGGAGCAAGCUGUCCAGACUGUACCAUUGGUCAGUGCCACGCAGAAAAGAGGGAAGACUGUAACCCAGCCACAGGGUAGACAGCAGACUCGUCCAGGCCAGCGAUCUGCCCGGGUUGGUUCCCAGGUUCUGAAGGAGAAUUUACCCACCAGUCGAGGACUAACUCAGCCAAGUGCAGCCAAGGUGCAAAACAAAGUCAUUGAGAACCCAAAACAGAGACAAAAACAAGGCAGCCGCAGGACCAGAAACCGAAGCAGAGGUCAACUUCUCGUGAAAAACUCAAAAGCGUCAACCUUGCAGUUUGAGUCUGAUUUUGAUUUUGAAACUGCAAAUGCUCAGUUUAAAGAUGACCUUACAAAGGAGGUCGUAGUUGAAAUGUGGAGUCUGGAGAGGCCCAGGAUGGCCAGGGUAUGCAGGAGGAGGAAUCACUUGGUGAUAAAUACUACGACAAAGCCAAAUGCUUCUUCGACAACAUCUCAUCAGACCUUAAGCCCAGGAAAACCACCUGGGCUGAGGAGAAAAAGUUGAACAUGGAAACAUUUGGAGCGCCCGGGCGAUUCCUUAGAGGCAGAGGAUUCAGGGGCCGAGGACGCAGUGGGCAGAGCACAACUGAGCAACUACCCCUCCCAAAAAUAGGCAGUGGGAGGGUGUGAGAAUACAUAUAUUUUUGUUAUAAUUUCUGUAAAUAUUGUAGUUUUCUACUUAUUUAAAAAGUACCUCCCUUCUCCCCAGUUAAAGGUCUUGAGGCAAAUAUUCUUUUUUUUUUUUUUUCUACCAAAAAUUGCAUUUAGGGAAAUUUGAACUUAUUCUAUGAUUUGGGAGAGCAAUGUCUUUACUUUAACAGCUGGAAGCAAAUUAAUUCACUGGUAGUGGUUUGAUUUGUCUUUGGAAUAGGCCCCAUUAGGCAUGUACUUUAGUUUGGUUGCUGAAUUCAAUUCUUGUCUACCUGAUGGUUAAAUGUAACUCCAAAUAUGGUUUUGGAGGACAGCUGUACUUUGUUUUGUUCCCUGAUUGUAAAAGGAGAACUGUGGAGGACUCUAACAUUUGCUAUUAAAUAAUGUGUGAAUAACCAAA